GUCGGGCGGUCAGUCCGCCAGCAGGGAGGGGUGUUCAGAGGGAGGCGGGGCGGAAAGGAGAGAGGUGUCUAAUCCGCCCGAGCCGCGGGAGACCCGAGCAAGCUCCGUGACAGCUUGUCGGCCGCCAUGUCAGCGAGUGCAGCUAGGAACGGACUCGGCGCUCGACGGUAGCACUGCUUUUGCCUCGGAUUCCCAGACAUGGAAGGACCUCAAUGAAAUUUUAAAUGGUUCAACAAAGCAUGCGCUAAUGGAUGACAGCGAUCCUCCUACUUAUAACCUGCAGAUAGAAUCACAAGAUGGGUGUCAUCCUGGUGACAGUGCAGAAAGGAGACUGACACAUUUGCCUUCUGCAUCAGAUGAAAAUGAAAAUCAGCUUGACAGAGAUGGGCUGGAGCUUCUGACUAGCAGUGGUAGUGCCAUGGGGAAAACUGAGGUGUUGGAGCAAGACAGUCUCAACAAUAAUGAAACCUGCAUGCCCAGCUGUGAGGUGACUGCAAGUGAGAGCUCGGAAAGUGCUCUGUCUAAAGACCCCAAAGAUGGGCAGGACUUCUUGGGAAAGGACAAAAAAAUACCUGGAAAAAGAAGUACAAGAAGCAAAAAGGGCACUGUUAAGAAGAUACCACCAGAUGAUGCAUCUUUAAUACAAGAGAAGAUACUGAGUGCAGCCAUAUAUGCUGUUGGCGAUGAAGAGACUGCUGAAGUCAAUGCUAAUGAUCAGCCAGAAGCCCCAAAGCAGGCUCUGCAGUCUCUGUUCUCACUUAUACGAGGUGAAGUUGAGCAGUUGGAUUCAAGGGCACUACCCCUCUGCCUUCAUCAGAUAGCAGAGUCAUAUUUCCAGGAAGAAGACUAUGAGAGAGCGAUGAAAUUUAUUCAGCUUGAACGAUUGUAUCAUGAGCAGUUGCUGGCAAAUCUUUCUGCCAUUCAACAACAGUGGGAAGCAAAAUGGAAAACUGUACAACCACAUACAGUUAUACCUCUAAGGAAUUCAGAAAAAGGAUUUAAUGGUGAAGAUUUUGAACAGCUUGCUAAAUUUUGCUCAACACAUCAAGAUCCUCUUUUAUCAAAACAUAAGAUAGAAGCUAUAGAAAAAUCUCUGGGAGGAAAAUGCUUUACCCAGUUAAUAGUGUCUGAGGAAUCAAAGGCAAAAGGAGCUACGGCCAAAGAGUCAGAGAGCAGAACUUGUGUUGGCAUGGAAUCAAGUAUAGAAAGCCAACAUCAAGAAGAGUCCCAGGAGAGCAGUGCCGGCCACAGUCAGAUGGACAGCCAGGCAGAUUCCCUGUGCCUCUCAGUAACUGCAGGGAAGGACCACACGGAGGAGCCACUCUGCAGCGCCACCGUGCUGGAGCUCCACGCCCAGUCCUCAGAGACAGUGGGGAGCAGGUCGCUACCAGACUCGGCUGAGAAUGCUUGUGAGGACAGCAGCUACGUGCAGGAGGCUCCCACAGAGGACUGCCCAGAUGUGGCCACACUAGAUACCAUUGCUGACGCCCCGACGGUGUUACCCUCUAGUGAGUCAAUGAUAGAGCCAUUGAUCUUACCUGGCUGUGACCGUACACCUCCUGUGUUAAUUUCCAAGGGUAAGUUUUCACAGACUCAAAGAAAAGAACUUCAUUUGCCUCUUCAGGAUGCUUCUAAGGCAUUGCUCAUAGACCAGCCUCAGAAAAAUAAAUUAAAUGAGCUGCAGCAACCUGAUCUCACAGACAGUGAUGGAAAAUCACCACAGAAUCAGACUGACUCAGAGACUGGCUCUGAAAAUGUAUUUUGUGAAAAUAAUAAAAUAUCUGGUUUAAGUACACUGCAUCCAGAAGUGUAUAUGGCCCCAGAGGAAAAGGGGGACAAGGAAGACGGAGUCAGUAAGGAAACAGAAGACUAUUUGAAUAGCCUUUUGGAAGGAUGCUUAAAAGAUACUGAAGAUUCUCUUUCCUAUGAGGAUAACCAAGACGAUGAUUCUGAUCUCCUUCAAGAUCUUUCUCCUGAAGAAGCAUCCUAUAGUCUGCAGGAGAGUCUGCCUUCUGAUGAUAGCUCUCUUUCUCUUGAUGAUCUCGCCAAAAGGAUAGAAGUUGCAGAGGUUGUUCCCACUGAAGGACUGGUGUCUAUAUUAAAGAAGAGGAGUGAUUCUGUAGGAGAUCAUCCUGCCCAAAUGCAGCAGAAACCAUCUAAGCGAAGAGUGAGAUUCCAAGAAAUAGAUGAUAAUUUGGAUCAAGAUGAAGUUGGAGGUAGCUCCUGUAUUUUACUGAUCCUGCUGUGCAUAGCAACAGUUUUCCUUAGUAUUGGAGGAACUGCGUUGUACUGCACUUUUGGGGACAUGGAGUCACCUGUUUGUACAGACUUUGCAGCCAACGUGGACUUCUAUUACACAAAGUUCCUGCAGGGAAUGGCAGAACUGAAACACUGGAUCUACCUCUCCUAGCAGCAUUCUAGAAGACAGGCGUGUUGGUAGUGAGAAUGAAAGAUGUGAAACUUUCCCAACUGCUUUCAUUUUAAGAGUUCUAAAACAUUCCCCUUUCCCCCUAGCAAGGACCCAAGGACAUCAGAAAUAGCCACUUUUUAAGUGGCAACCCAGAGGAACCUUGUGAGAAUAAUUCACAUAAUGAGGCAAAUAUUGAUCUAAGCAUUGUGAACCGAGGGAGUGAUCUUUGGGGAGCAAACAUAUUCAUCUCCUCCUCAUUGCUUCCUACUGUAAAAAAGUACACUGAGAGGAAUAUGCAGGGCAGUGUUGGAACAACACUUACUUUUCACUACUUCGUCAAGCUGAAAGUGAAAGGAUGUUUGUGGUUUACAUCUCUUGGUUCUUUGGCAUUGCUUCCAGCCAUCAUGCAAUAAGUUUGUAAUCAAAAACAGUUACCUUAUAAUUUCAAUGUUAUUUUUAGUCAACCUUGAGAGCUAUGUGAUUUAGGCUUUUAUUAUUUCCAGUUUCUGUUCUACAUUUCUGUCUGUGUGAGUGUUUCGAGCAAUUAUCCAAAUAUUCAAUAUAAAAUAACAAAGAUUAUCUUUAUUCUUUUAACUUGAUUAUGAUGUGCAGGCACAAAUCUUUGAAGAAGGCUUAAUCGUGGAAUACAUGAACUAUAGAAUUGCUGGCCCUGAAAUGAAAAACUGUGACAGAUGUAUGGCAUUUAACUCUCUUGGGUAGUGGGAAAUUAACCACAGGCCUGAGGCAAGGUUAAGGAGUUCUCCCGGAGUCUCAGCCGACGCUGCCAUGGUGGAUUCAGUGCUUUCUGAAAUGCUGAGUGCUGAACUCAGCGCAGCACACCCUUCUGACCGCCUCUUAUGCUCUAACAAUCUAAAAACCAGAAGAUGACUAUAAAUAAGAUGUAAUUUCUGCCAUAAAUGUUUUAAUUCUGGUCUUAUGUAAAGUAAACCAGUACUUUGGCAAGUGAAAGUAAAUUAUCGCAUAUAAUUCAGUAUUAGCAGAUCAUGCUUUCAGAGUUUUAAAUGUGCAUUCAUAUCAUGGGCUUGAUUUAGACUAUAUUGUGGGGUCAUUAAGCAAAAAUUCAACCAUUCCUUAAGUAGGCAAAUGUCUCGGUUUUGUUUAAAUCUGUCAGGUGGCCUUUCCUUAUUUAAGGUACAGUAAUCUAACAUUUGGGAAGCCUUGCUUUGACUUUUUUAUAUUAUAGACUGCGUUAAAGAAGAAAACAUGAAUUAUAGUUUUUUAGCAAGUGAUUCUUAUUUCCUGUUUUUCUUUUAUUGAAAGAAAAAGGCAGAUGUUGAUUUCUAGUUGUUACUGGCUGGUACAGUACUUCCCUUUGUGUUUUUGCUUAUUUAUUUAGAUUGUAUAAAGUUUAAAGGGCUUUUUGUACAAGUUGAAAGUGUAUUGCUGAGCAUGUAUUUGGUUGUCCCAAUGCUAGAUAUUUAAUUAUGUACGUAGUGUUUUGAUUUUCUAUAAUUUCAGCUAAGUGUGUUUUUAGGCUUGUUUUUAAAUUGAUGUUUCAUUUUCACCUAUAAUACUGUUUGACAGGUCUCUAUCAUGUUACCAUAAACUGUAAUAUUUUCAAUGGUUAUAGAUCAAAGAUAUUUAUUUAGAAGUAUACAAGAUAAUGAAAUUUAGAGUCCUUAUACUUAAGACUGAUUUUAUUAGAAGAUUAUUUUAAUGUUCUAUUGUAAAUUUUAAGAAUUUAUACUCAAACUGUAAAAUAUGUAAUAUGCCCUCAGUACCAUCUUCAGUGGUUCUAUAAAUGACUUUGCAAGUUCUCCUAUGAGGGGCCUCCUCAUUAUAGACAGACUGUUUUGUGUUUUGCCCUUUUAAUUUCUAGUUGCAAGAAUUAGGUGGUCCUGUGUUCUGCCAAUUUUAUGUCAAGAAGUUAAAAAUUUCCCUCCUGUUUACUGUCAGUCAUGUAUAAUCCCUGGUGUGACGUUUACCUAUAUUACCACCUAGCCAGUUUUUCUGAAAACUCAAGAUUUCCUGGGAAGCUUCACAUUGGAGUGAAAGAAUUGAGGUAGCAGCUUGCUAAUUAGGGGCCCAGCUGUUCCUCAGAGAUACCAUGGGUGAACAGACACUUCCAAGGACAGUGAUGGGAGCUCAGAAGCAUAGUGAAACCUUGACUUAAAGUAGGCAUGAAAUCUCACUACACAAAUUAGGGCAAGCUUUAAAAAUGUAAUAGUUCUUUAUUGCAUGAAUCGGAGUAAUUCUACCUGGUGAUGAAAGGAUUGUUAUCUCAUCCAUAAAAAUAAUUCUUCCAGUCUUACCAAAAUAUAAUUUCUUCUUACUUGAAAGUACUGACAACUAUUUGUAACUAAUCUUCCUUAAGACCUGUAUUUGAGGGUAUCAAAUCAAACUUGUAAUUUAAAAUGUAUACCGACAAACUGUCUCAGAGACUUUAUUGAGAAAAAUUGCUUCAAAGCAAAAAUACUUCCAGGAGUUGUUCAGACUCACAAGCAGAUAGCCAUCUAUUUAGGGACUCUAAUAGGUCCCUAAGUAAAAGCUCCCUUCCUUCUAAAAUUCCUCCCCCAUCUGCCUGUCCUAGUGGCUGAAUUCACUAAAAAUACAUACUUGGGCCAGGGAUUUAGCUCAGUGGCAUAAACGUCUGCCUUGAAAGCGUGAGGUGGUGAGUUUGAUUCCCGAACUAAAAAUAAACAUAAAAAUACAUUCUUUUACACUGGAAAAUCAAAACCCUCUGGGAGGUUUACUUUCUCAAGCUGUGAAUUUGUGUAAUAGAUGUGCAGAGAAUUUGAAGGUGGGCCUGUUUUUCAAGGCAGAUGUGAGUUUAAUCUUGCUGGAAUGGCAGGAGGAUGCAGAGUGAGAGUAGCAGGGAUGAAGUGGUAGAAAGGGUUAAGAAAAAAGAGAAGGUAGAAAAGAGCAAAGGAAUCCUUUAGCUUUAAACCUUUUUGCUAAACCUAGCCUGUGACAUAAUACUCUCCACACAAAGAGAAGCUGAAUAUUUAUCUUUCUAACAACAUGAACUAUAUAAUUCUGUUCAUUUAUUUGAACUCAAUCUUUAAUAACUCAUAUUUGAAUAAUACUUUAUGCAGUGUUUUAAUAUUUAUUCAUUUAAUGUCUAGCAAAGUGAAGAUAUACCCCUCAAGUCCAAGUCUGAUAACUCCCAAGCCCAUUACACUUUUUAUCCAACAUUUAGCCAUCAUCUUCAAAAAGGAUAAAAAUGAGGCUGAGGCAGGACAAUCGCUUGAGCCCAAAAAUUUGAGAAUAACCUGGGCAACAUAGCAAAAAAGCAUGUGAACAAUAGCAGCGUAUCUAAAAAGAAAGAAAGAAUAAACAUGAAUCUAGGAUUUGUGGCACAAAUUCUAGUGUCAUCUGCUAUCUUAAUAACAUUUAAGGUAAGCAUUUAUAGAGUCUCACGUACUGACUUCCAAAAGCAACAGUGAAUUAAGAUAUUCCUUGUGGAAUUCUGAUGCUACUUAAUCUCCUCAGGUUUAGGCUACUGAAAACAAGGUGCAGCAAUGUGUGGUCAUCUCUUUUCUCUGAUCAAAAAAGAGUUACUCAGGAACCCAGCCUUGUGUCUGUCACCCUGAGGUUAGUGCAGAGCCAUGAGCUACAAUGUUUGUCACUGUCUGUACCUUCACAGACACUGGAAUACCUGCAGUGCCUGCAGGACCGAGGCUGCAGAACACUGGGCAUGCUACCACAAUGAAGAGUUAGCAUCUGGUAAGGGAAAUGUAUUUGCAAACAGGGAACAAAAAGAAGAAACCAAAGAACGCGUUGCUCACAUCAAUGGAAGCUCACGCUCAUUUCUUCCAAGCAUGUGUUCUCUACUGUUAGGAGUAAGAGUAAAGUUCUAUCUCAGUCACCUGCACAGCAACACUAGGAAAGUUGACAAAAGUCUUAGAGCCAAAGCUCUGGUAGUUAGUACUUUUCAUUUCUAGUUAGUACUUGCAGCGUUAAUAGCUGGGAGGUUUCUCAGCAGUGGAGAUUUGUCUUUGUGAGAGUCUUCUUCAAAACUGAAAGUCUGAAUUGCCCUGAAGUGAAAAAUUUCUAACCAAAUGCCAGUCCAUGAUGGCUACACCAGUAAGUGCCAGUCAUUUAAGACUUAAUACCCAUGCUACCUACAAAAUACUCUUCAAAAGGGUGACUACUGUUCUUUUUAUGAAGAACUGGCUCUGGUACCAAAAUAGUAAGACAAUCAGUAUCACUAAUGAACGUAGACUCAAAAUUCCUUGAGGGCUGCAGAUGUAGCUCAAUGGUAGAAUGCUUGCCUGGGAUGCGUGAGGCCCACAGUUUGGUGCCAGAUACACACAGAUUUUUUUAAAACCUAGACACAAUAAUUCUUUAAAUAGUACAUCAAUUCUAAAACUACAUAUGAAAGACUGUCAUUAUGAAAUGAGAUUUAUCCCAGGAAUAUUAUAAUAUUCAAAAUUCACUCUAAUUAUUUUAACAAAACAAUCUUUAUGCUCAUAUCAAUUUAAUGUUCCUUUCAUAUUAAAAACUCAGCAAAUGAAAUAAAAUGAUCUUUCUUGAUAAAGGCAUUUAUAAGAAACUUACAGCUGAAUAGUAAAUAUUUAAUGAAAAAAGACCAAGUGAUUGUCUUGGUCAGGAAAAAGGCAAGGAGCAUUUUUAUUCAAAAUACUGGAAGUCUUAUAGCAGAAGAAAGGGAUUCCAACUAGAAAUAAAACUUCCUAGUGACAAAAUUAUUUAUAAAGAGAAUCCAAAGAUGUUUAUAAAAUAUAACUAGAAUUAAGUCAGUUUAGCAAGAUUAUAGGAUGCAAGAUCAAUAUACAAAAUUUCAGUUUUUCUGCAGAUAAUUAAUAGGCUAUUUGGAGGUGAAAUAAAUUUAUAAGAAACAUUUGAAGCAGUAGUUUUAGGUAGAAAAACAUGAAAUACCUGUGAACAAGUUUAGUAAAAUCGGUACUAAAACCUGUAUGCUGAAAUUAAGACAUUGCUGAAAGAAACAAAAGAUAACGUAAAUAAAUGAAAAAAAUGUAUUUUCUGUUCACGAAGUGGGAGAUUAUUUUUAAGGACAUCAGUUUUCCCCAAGUCAAUUCAUAAAUCUUACACAAUUACAAACAAAAUUCCAACAAUUUUCAGAAAUUAUUUAAUUUUAAAAUAUGGCGGAGAUGCAAGUGACUUGAAGAUAGCCAAUGAAGUUGUAAGAACAAAACUGGACGGUUUGUGUUUCCUGUUUGGAAGAUGUAAUGCUACAGUAAUCAAACUAGGAUCAAGCUGAUCCAGAAACAGAACUGCAUGUGUACAUUCAAAUGACCUGUAAAGGAGCCAGGCAAUUCAAUGGGGGGAAGAGAAGUCUCAGCAAAUAAUGCUGCAAAAAAACUGCAGGUCCAGUUGAGAAGCCAAUGAAGACAGACUUCUACUUCACACAUAACAAACAAAAAUUGGAAACAAAUGGAUUUAAGUGUAAAACUAAAACAAAAUAUAGGCGAAAAUCUUUGUGACCUUUGGGUAAACAAUUAUUUCUUAGGCUACAAAAGGAAACCAUAAAAAGAAAAAAUAUCAAUAAACUAGACUAUUUAAACAUGCCUUCUAAAGGACAUGCAAAAUGGGAAAUGAAAAAGCAAAUUAACAACUAGGAGACAGUAUUUACAAUAGAUUUAUAUGGAAAAGACCCAUAUCCAGCAUAUGUAGAGAUUGCAUAAGUAGAAUACAUGAAUAGCCAAUGAGCACAGAAAAAUAUGCUGAGUCACUAACAAGGUGGAAAUUAAUAAGCUACUGAUAACAGGCCCACUAGAAUGACUGAAAGCACUGACAUUAACCCAGAAAUGCCAGGGUAGUUCAGCAUAAGAAAAUCAGUGUACUAGUAGGAUGAUGGGGGAGAAACCACAUGAUUAUGUUAAUGGAUGUAGAAAAGAGCAUGACAAAAACUCAAAACUUUAUGCUUACAUCAUGCUAGCAACAAAAGAGUACUUCUUUAACAUGGCAAAAUGUACUUAAGAAAAACAGCUAAUGGGGAAAGAUUGAAUGUUUUCUCCCUUAGGCAAAGAGAUGAAGGAUACUCAUUAUUUACUGUUCAUUGUUCUACUGGAGGUUCUAAUUAGAGAAAUCAGAGGACAAAAGACAAACUAGAUUGGAAAAGAGGUAAAACUUCACAGAAAACAAGUUGUUAUAUAUGAAAACACUGGAAUAAUCCACAUUAAAACUAUUGGACCUAGCAAACAAACUCAGCAGAAAUUUUAAAGCCAAUACAAAAAUUCAGUUUCUAUACACCAGCAAUACAGAAUGUAAAAAUGAAAUAAAGUCCUUUCUAGCUCUGUAUAGUGGCAUGUGCCUGUAAUCCCAGCUCCUUGGGGCUGGUGCAGGAGCAUUAUAAGUUUAAGGCUAGCCUGGGCAAGUUAGCAAGAUCUUGUCUCAAACUGUGAAGAUUUUUUUAAAGGCUAGGGAUAGAGCUCAUUAUUUGCUAAAGUGUUUGCCUGGCCUGGUAGUUUAAUCCCCAUUACCACCACCAAAAAAGCAAAACCUAAAUAAAUGGAAAAUGGGUCCAUGUUCAUGUAUAGAAGACAGUAUCAUUAAGAUGUCAAAACUAUCCCAAGCAACCUAGAUACUCUCCACCAAAAUUGUAGACACUGUUGCUUUGUGAUUGUUUUGAGGUGUCAGCUGUCCAGUUUCUUUGGCAUUUCAGAGGCAACCAAGUAGCCAAAGCAGUCUUGGAAAAGAAAAGCAAAGUUGGAAAGCCCAUACUUCCCAAUUUUAAAACUUACUAUAGUACUACAGCAAUCAAAUCAAUAUGAUACUAGCAUAAGGACAAAGGAUACGAUAGGAUAGAAUAGGAUUCAAGAUGCAGGGGGAUAAAAAUCUUUGCCCAAGUUAUUUUUGACAAGGGUGCCAGGUCCAACUCAGUGGGGGAAAGAAUACUGCCCUCAACAGAUGGUGCUGAGUCAACAGGCUUUCCACAUGCAGAUGAAUGAAGCUGAUCCCCUGCUUCACACAACAUACUAAAAUUCAAAAUGAGUCAGCCACUCAGAUGAGUCCAUAAAACUAAAGAAAGUCUCCGUAUCUUAAUUUGUCAAUAUAUGCUGAGAGUUUAAUGUUUAGAAUACAUAAAGACUCAAAAACUAAGACUCAAAACUCUUCUAAGACUCAAAAACUCAUUUUAAAAAUGGGCAAAACAAUGAAACAUUUCUGCAAGAAGACAUACAAAUGGACAAUAAAUAAAUACACAAAACAGUAUAAAGCUCAGUGGUGCAAGCACCUCCCUGGCAAGUGCAAGGUUCUGAGUUUGGUUCCUAGUACCAAAAAAAGAAAAAAACCUUAACAUCAUCCAUUGGUCACUAGGGAAAUAUAUCAAAACUACAAUAAGAUGAAUGAAAUGGUUUAUGUCACAACAUGGAUAAAUCAUGAAAACUAUGCUAAGUGAAAUCAGAUACAAAAGAACAAAUGUAUGAUUCCAAAUUAUGAAAUAUCUAAGGAAAACUUAGAAGAAGUAAAUGAGGUUGUAGGGUAUGGGUAAAAUAGAUUAUUGCUUACUUGUUUCAAUGUUUUUAGGGGGGUGAAAAGUUUAGAAAUGGUUGCACAACACUGCUUAAAGCCACUGAAUUGUAUACUUACAGAUGGUUAAGGCGAGUGUGGUAGCACAUAGCUGUAAUGCGAGUACUUGGAGAGGCUGAGGGAGGAAAUGACAGGUUCAAGUGCUUUCUGGGCAAUUUAGAGAGAUACUACCUCAAAAGAAAAUAAGGGGACUGGGUAUAUAGCACAAUAGUAUGGUACCCCUGCAUUCAGUCCUCAGUACUAUAAAAAAGUUUAAUUUCUUAGAUUACAUAUGCAUUUUAACACACUACCAAAUGCUGAUGAGGAUGCAAAACAAAUUGUCAUCCACAGUUAGUGUAGGAAUAUGAAGUAGUACAAUGUUUGGAAAAGAGCUCGGCUGUUUCUUGUUUAUAUGAAUAUACCAACUACGCCUGACUCAGCAACUCCACACCAAGGUUUCUUAGGGAAUGGAAAAUGGGUCCACACAAAAACACUUACACAAACGACAAUGGUAGCCUCAUCUGUGACAGCCAAGGAUGGAGACACUGCCAUGACCACCACCAAUAUGAAGGAAAACUUCAGUCAUAAAAAAGAGCAAAUGAUACACAAAUGACAUCAAUGAGUCUCAGAAUAAUUAUUCUAGGUGAAAGAUGAUGGAAACAGAGUACGUACUGCUUAUUUCUAUUUGAAGUUUUAGAAAAUGCCCCUUAUCUAUAGUGACAAACAAGCCAGAUGUUCCCUGAGGAAUGGAUGGCAAGGGGCACAUGACAACUUUUGGGACUGAUGAAAACAUGUGGCCUGAGUGUGCUGUUAAUGUCACACGUCUGUGCAUCUUGCAAAACACUCAAUGAAAGCCAUUAUGUACAUAUACCUCAAUAAAGUUGUUUUUUAAAAAAGA